AUGCGCGUGACGGUCACGCCCAAGGACGAGGAGAGGAUGGUCGGCUUGAUGGCGCGGGAGCGGCCGCGGUCGGCGGUGGUUGCGGCGGGCGGAGAUUUGGUCACUGCCCCCGGCGGGGGCGAGGGGUCUGAUGGGGACUCGUCGGGGUCGAUAGAGGAGAUUUCAGCUGACGACUUCAGGAAGGACUCGUCGUCGGCGUUGGGCGGCGCCGCCGCGGCGGCGCCGGCGGGGCCGAGAUCUAGGUCUUGGGUGGGCCCGCCCGCCGUGGGUUACAUGGCGCGGAACUUUGGGCACGCCUUCAACAGCUUCGCGUGGUCGCAGGCCGUGCGGAACAAGCCGCUCGGACUACAGCCGCCGCCUGCCCCGGACGAGGACGAGGUGGAGCACGCCGUGGACGCUGCCUCCGAUGGGGAGAAGGAGGAAGGCGAGAUUGAGGAGGGGGAGGCUGUGGAGGCCUCGGCCUCGCCUGCCCGUGUGCAGCCUGAGACCAUCGACUUGGACGCUGACGCGCCGGAGAAGUCAGAGUCGGUGGCUGGUGACGUUGCCGGUGCUGUGCCUGCCUCAGCUGCUGAGGAAGAGGAGGUGAACCUUGAUCAGCGUGUCGGCAGUAUACUGGAGGAGCUCGAGAUGGUCUCCAUUGAGGAAGCUGAGAAGUAUGGACAGAUGCUUCAUGUUUUUGCUGAACAAAGGCUUCGUUUCGGACGAAGACUGAGAAAACCGGUUGUAACUGCUGCAAUGUUGUGCAGGUCGUUUGAGGGUGCAUGUAGACGACUCCAUACCUGCUUCGAGAACCUGAAGCCGCUGUUCCAGGAACUGGAGAACGGGAGCCCGAUGGCUAUACUUGAACCCCUCAUGCAGCAGGCGUUUAUUGGAAUUGACACACUGACCACUGUGGCGAUUUCGUAUAACUUGCCAAGGAGUGAGCAGAAUAAGACAACACUAUUGAAGUCGUUGUUCCACAUAAAGAACAGAUAUUCAGACAUGCUGACGCCUGAGCAGCGUGAUGAGUUGGACAGCCGCGUGAGGAAGUUAGUUUUUGGAGAAAAAGACAAUGUCAGUGACCCAAGUACAAGUGGCACCAAUGCAAUAAAUGUUCUGGCUCCAUCUGGGCAGGUUUCAUCCUCAGGAGGACUGCCAUUUGAAUCAGGUGCAGCAAAUCCAUUUAGUAGCUUGAUGAGGUUGGAAGUACCUGCCAAAAGGAUUAGUCCCUUGUUGGAUCUUCAUGCAGAUUAUGAUGAGAACAGCUUACCAUCACCAACCAGGGAUAAUGCACUGCCUUUUCCUGUGCCAAAGCCUAUUGGUUUUGGAGCAUUUCCAAUGGCACCUGAGAAGUUAUCUUUCCCAGAAAGAGUUGAGCCUGCAAAGAAUUCGUUAUAUCCAUCCUUAAAUGAUCCUCUAAAGGCUGUCUCCUCAUAUCAGCAGAAGUAUGGGCAGAAAUCUGUAUUUCCAAGUGAUGAUCUACCAAGUCCAACUCCAUCUGGUGAUGAGGGUAAAUCUGCAGAUAAAGGUGGUGACAUAUUUAGUGAGGUUUCCAGCUUCCCUGUUCCAAAGAGUAUUGCAUUACCAAGUACAAGCCAGAUGCCUGCUUCUCAACCUAGCACAGUCAGCAGCAGUGGUAUUAGUUAUGCAUCUGGUCCACCUGGUUUUGCUAAACAAAUUGAGCAGUCGGCUGCAGGUCCAAAUCAUGCAACUAAGGCAGCAUCUAAAAGUAGAGAUCCGAGGCUCAGGUUUUUGAACCGUGAUUCUGCUGGUGCUACAGACGUGAAUCGGCGUGCAAAUUUUUCAGAACUGAAGGAUGGGAACCUGGGUGGAGCGUCAAUUGGUAACCGUAAACACAAAGCAGUUGAUGAUCCUCAGGUAGAUGAAAAUGCGUUAAAAAGAUUUAGGGGUGGAACGGCGAAUCCUAGAGACAUGCAGCCUACAAGGAAUCCCAAUCAGCUUAUAAACAUUAGGGCUCCUACAAAUAGUAGCGGUAUCAAUAUGAAAACUCUGCAACCCCCUCAAACUACUGCUCCACAUCCCAGUGCAGGUCCUGCUGUCCCGUUGCCUUCUAUGUUGUUAAAGGACAUUGCUGUGAACCCAACAUUGCUGAUGCAUUUGAUCCAAAUGGAACAACAAAAGAAGUCAGCAUCAGAAACUCAGGGUGGCAUGUCUAGUGGGAUGACCAACAAUGGAAUUGCAGGCACGGUUUUCACACCUGGCAAUGCUCCGAAGACUACAGAAGCUGCACAAGUCCCCUCUGUUAGGCCACAGGUCCCAGUGCAGACACCUCCUUUGGACUCACAAAAUGAUGGUGGAAUCGUUCGCAUGAAGCUCCGUGAUCCACGGCGCAUCCUACACAGUAACAUAGCACAGAAAUCUGACGCAAUGGGCUUGGAGCAAGUGAAAAUUAAUGGAAUUACCCAGCCAGACUCUCAGGGCACCAAGGACCAGACUAGUUCAAUGCCUUCUCAACCAGCUUUGCCAUCUAGCAUUGCAAGGCCAUUCGGCAGCACAAAACAUGUUGAUCCUGUCUCUAAUUCACAGUUAGCUGCUACAGCUAUUAUGGCUCCUACACAACAAGCUUUGGGCAGCAUAAAUAAGGUGGACCCAAGACUAGCAGUUGAACAGAAUGGACAAAAUGCUGAUGCAACAACAAAUGAUGCUUCUGCAACAGCACUUGAAGCUACGCAGCCUGUUAGCCCAUGGGGUAAUCUUGAUCAUCUCCUUGAUGGAUAUGAUGAUAAGCAAAAAGCUCUGAUACAGAAGGAAAGGGCAAGACGAAUAACAGAACAGCACAAAAUGUUCUCAGCGCGAAAGCUAAGCUUGGUGCUUGAUUUGGAUCACACCCUUCUUAAUUCUGCAAAGUUUAUAGAAGUGGAACCCAUUCAUGAAGAGAUGUUACGGAAGAAAGAGGAGCAAGACAGGACUUUGCCAGAACGUCAUCUCUACCGUUUUCAUCAUAUGAAUAUGUGGACGAAGCUGAGGCCAGGAAUAUGGAACUUUCUUGAGAAGGCUAGUAACCUAUUCGAGUUGCAUUUAUACACUAUGGGAAACAAACUGUAUGCUACCGAGAUGGCCAAGGUUCUUGAUCCAACUGGGACCUUGUUUGCUGGACGAGUCAUAUCAAGAGGUGAUGAUGGUGAUCCCUUUGACAGUGAUGAGCGAGUGCCGAAAAGUAAAGAUCUGGAUGGGGUACUGGGUAUGGAAUCUGCAGUCGUGAUCAUAGAUGAUUCUGUAAGAGUCUGGCCUCAUAACAGGCACAAUUUGAUAGUUGUAGAGAGAUACACCUAUUUCCCCUGCAGCAGACGUCAAUUUGGCCUUCCUGGACCAUCACUUCUAGAGAUUGACAGAGACGAGAGGCCUGAGGAUGGUACCCUUGCUUCGUCACUUGCGGUCAUUGAGAGAAUCCACCACAAUUUCUUUUCACAUCCUAACCUCAAUGAGGCUGAUGUGCGGAGCAUACUAGCAUCUGAGCAGCGAAGGAUCCUUGCUGGUUGUCGUAUUGUCUUUAGCCGGGUUUUCCCAGUUGGAGACGCCAGCCCCCACUUGCAUCCUCUGUGGCAGACUGCGGAGCAGUUUGGUGCGGUCUGCACAAACCUGGUUGAUGACCGGGUCACUCAUGUUGUUGCCAACUCCCCUGGGACAGACAAGGUGAAUUGGGCAUUAUCCAAAGGCAAAUUCGUGGUGCAUCCAGGAUGGGUAGAAGCUUCAGCUCUGUUGUACCGGCGCGCCAACGAACAUGACUUUGCAGUCAAAUAA